AGCAAGUGCUGUGCCAUCCCUGUCACGCUUUCUUUGAAGCCUCGAAAAAGGUUCUUCCUCGUCAUGUCUGCCAAAAAGAAAGUGCUUCUCAAGGUGAUUAUCCUCGGUGACAGCGGGGUAGGCAAGACCUCCUUGAUGAACCAGUAUGUCAACAAGAAGUUUACCAAUCAGUACAAGGCAACCAUUGGGGCCGACUUUUUGACCAAAGAAGUCAUGAUUGACGACAAGCUGGUGACCAUGCAGAUUUGGGACACCGCCGGACAAGAGCGGUUCCAGUCACUGGGUGUUGCCUUCUACCGUGGCGCAGACUGCUGCGUCUUGGUGCAUGACCUGACCGUACCCAAGACCUUCGAAUCUUUGGAGGUCUGGCGCGAUGAGUUUCUCAUCCAGGCAAGUCCUCGUGAUGCUGACAAUUUUCCGUUUGUUGUGCUUGGCAACAAGGCCGACCUCGAGAGCAAGCGCAAGGUGACUGCCGCAAGAGCCACGCAGUGGUGCAAGUCGAAGAACACCAUUCCGUAUCAUGAGACGAGUGCUGCCACUGCGCAGAAUGUGGAGGCAGCCUUUCAGGAGAUUGCGCGACGAGCGUUGAAGCAGGAACACACUGAGGACCCCAUAUAUCUUCCAGAGACCCUGACCCUGAAUGCCAACCAGAACAUCUCCAACAACCGACCCAUGGGGCCGGAUUGCGCCUGCUGAGUUUGGACCAUGGCCUACAUUGGAUUCUGGAAGGUCGAGAUGGGACACAAACCGCUCAAAGAGCUCGGUGGCAUCCCUUGGAUUUUCCGGCUAGCCGCGCCUGGCGGUUGAUGGGUCUGACGCCGCGAUCAGGGCCAGGGUGGCACGGUUUGGCUCGACAUUGGGUUGACUUAGUUGCGUCCA